AUGGACUCCAACGUGAUUUUUCAAAGCCAACCCUCAGUAUGGGACAUUUGGACUUCCACCUUGGAAAAAGAACCUGAUGAAUGUCCAUUCAUGACCCAAAGCUUACAUCCUACUCUCAAACAAGAUUUAUGGUCAAGUUUAGAAUACGAGCUUCGAGAACAUGACCCUACACGUCAAGAUGAAUAUUCUUCUCUUGGUAAUAUGGAAUCAUUCAGUAAUCCGACUUUACAUUUCAAUUGGAGAAACGGUUCAGAAUCUUAUAGAUUUCAAUCUGAUCAUCCUCCAUUUAAACAACCUCUGUUCUCAGGUAUAGUGGACGUAUCAGGGUAUUAUGAAGAAAAUGGUCAGAUUAGGAAUCUACCAACUAUAGAUUUAUCUGUCGAGUUUCCAGGUGCAUUGAGAUGGUGUGAUGAAGCUUCUUUUGUCGCUUUCACGAAUUUAUCGGAAAAUCUUCGUUCGAAUACCUCAACACGGGGAUUGAGAGAGACGGAUAGGAAAACCAUUUUGGAGAAUAUGAAUACGAGAUUUGAGGAUCAUGUGAGUGUGGUUAAUGACAGAUGGAGCAGAAGUACGGGAUUAUCAAAAAAGGGACUUGAAGAAAGAGUUUGGGCUGUUGUGGAAUACACGGUCAUAGAAGGGAACGAUGAGACGAUCAAUGUGAGAGCGACGUAUGAGGGACAUUGCUGGGGUGACACCAACGUGUUAGAGUUACCCAGUAUGACUUUGAGGACUAUCAACAACUCAAUAUCCGACAUGUCAGACUGGGAGAAUCCAUUAGCAAUAAACAACGCCAUCCCUCUAAGUAGUUACACGACACUCCAACAGAAAUGGUUGGAUGUCAUUCGAAAUGAGUCAAACGGUUGUCAUGUUGUCCGUGGUCUAGACCGGACUUUGAUGCGUGAGCUCAGUGUUAGUCUUCAAUCCGAACUCUCUAACAAACUUCAAUCAGUCGUUGAUCUAUACCGGAUCCUUGACAUAGAUCUGGUAUCGUUGUUACCAAAAAUAGACCAUCUUACUCUAGAUUGGCAAGAGAAUACUGGAAGAUAUGAAGUCAAUACCAAUCCUUCCUUACCCUCCGGUCCAUGUUUCACAGGGACGAUGACUGUAAGUGGUGUGUUUGUUGAAGAUCAACAAGAGUGGCUUUUAGAUGAUGUUCAUUUGUCUGUCAAAUUCUUUCCCCCUAGUCGGACUUUUUCAGAGGCAAUACAAACAGGAAUAAGGGAUUUCCGUGACACUCUUCGAAGUGAAGGUGAAAAGUGGGGUUUGAAAGAAGAUACACUGAGAAGUAUUUUGAGGAAUACUAGACGUGAUUUGGAGAAACAAACGGGGGCGUUCAAGGCCGCAUGCAGUUUGACGGUGAAAGCCAGAAUCGAAAAUAAUGAACAUAGGGUUUGGCCAGUGAUGGAGUUGACGUUGCUCAGGGGUGGAGAGAAUACCGUGUGGAUGGCAGCGAGUUUCAAGGGGUGGUUUUGGGGCGAUACGAGUCUUAUCGAAUUGCCCGAGAUGUCGUCACGUGUGGGUUGUUCGAAGGAUAAGAAUUGGAAUGUACGUUAUAGUAAGGUUGAUGGUGUCACCAAAGAUGGAGGAAACUCGUCACAAGAUAUCGACAUAUCAGCAUCGAACGUUCCAUCCAAUAUCAGUGGUAGCAUGUCACUCCAUGACGCCUCAUCCUCUCUUCAGGGACCAUGGGAGGAAGCCGUGUUCGCAGAGCAUAAUAACUGUCAUGUUGUCAGCGGAUUGGGCCCUUUCUUUGAGGGAAAACUCCAAGACGAACUCCGUUCUGAACUCCUUCAUCGAUAUGAACGCAGUACCUUCGAUAUUAUGUGUCGUAGCAUAGACUUGAAUGACUUACAGGAUGCAGAAUUCAGCAUGUCUUGGAGAGACAAUUCCGGAUGUUACACUUUGAACCAGAAUCCGAACUUACCUCCUGAUCCCAUGUUCAGAGGGAUUAUCGAACUUGAAUUCGCGCACCAGAGUGCCAGUGGAGGAGAAGUCACCGAAGAAUUGGAUAUACCUCCAUGCAACAACUCUGGUCCUCGUUAUAUCCUCAGAAAGCCGGACCAAUGGGUAGCAGAGCCGCUGAAGUGGUGGCUGGCACAGAGAAUUGUUGGGGACGGAAAUGGAGGAAGACGAUAG